UCUUUUAACCUCAAGAUUCCACUGAUGCGUCUGCUGCAAAGGAAGGUGAUGUGUAGUCCUCCUGGCAUUUAUUUAGCCAGAAUUAGUGGGGAAUUAUGGUAAUGGACUAUGGUCUUCCUUUAGAAAAUUCUUGUUUUUGUGAGAAAAUAUGACAGAGCAUCUGAAUAUAGUACAGAACUACAGACGCGUUUUCACCUUAUGAGCAUGGUAUCAUUAGAAGGAUUCUUUUACAGACGAAAUCUUUGAGUAUGUUACAUACCAAAACAAUGUUUUAUAGUGAGGUAAUUCAAUGAGCUUAGGCUUUUUGUUACCCUUGGAAUGGUGCUCAACCUUCUUCGAGUAUAGGGGCUAAGAGCUAAUCGUUUCUCUCUCUAUUUCCUUUGAGAGCUGGAAGGUUGCAGUGUUGGUGGUUUAUAAUUUUAUGUUGUGAAGAUAUGAUUGAGUAAUAAAGAAUCUGGAAAGACUGCCAGAAACAUGUGAGCCAGUGAAAGAAAUGCAUGGAAACGGCCUUCGAAAUUAGAUAGACUGGUCAGAAUUUUACCUUUCUUAAACUAUUCAUACACAAAACGCUGUGCAAUCUAAGUAGAAGUAGUGACCAUGAGAGUUCAGAUGGUAUGAAACCUUCAGUUACAGUACUGAAGUACGUGCAUUAGCAGCAGGAAACUUCAAAUGAGUCCAUGGCAGAAUAAUGUUUAUGGUUGCAAACAAUUAUCAAGACAUUAUAGUGUGUCCAACAAAAUGUUGUUUUAGACUUUUAGUACAGUGGUGAGUCUAACAGCCUGUUAUGCGGGUGACCUGGGUUUGAUCUCUGGCAACGGUGUCUUUCUGUGUUAAUGAAGAUACAUAACACCACCAUUCUGCAUCUUGUUUUCUUUAGAUUCAUAUUUCUUUUCUUUUCUUUUCUUAAUACGCAUAUCAUGACAAAGAAGCACAAGAUCCUAGAUAAUGAUUACAAGACCCCACAUGAGUUGAAGAUAUACAUAAAUUCCUCAGUGUUACGGUUCAACAUCAUUGCAAUCACCAGUCAUGGGAGCCAUUUCAUAAUUACAUGUUUUGUAUGGAGGAGUUGGUUUUUAUUUGCAUAUUGCACACCCGGGGCACGCCCCUUAUGAUUGAUGAUUGCUUAAUUACUCAAACACGCAUGGUUAGAAUUCAAAUGUCAAUUAGCAUUUAGAACUUGUGGGAGACACAUUUACUUUGUACUUUUUUUUUUUUGGUAUUCACAUUUACUUUGUACUUUGAUAGAUAAAAACGCUCACAACAUAAGCAUUUGCUUGAUUUACCUUUAGAUAGAUGGUUUUAAUUAUUGGACGUUUUUGGUCUGUUGAAUGAGUUCCCAAACCUCAAAUUUGUAUAAUGAGAUUCCUGAAGUGAAUAGUUGUGAUUAAGGAAGUUUUGAUACAAGAUUGGUAACCGAUAUAAGGUCAAUAGAUGCUGGAUUUACAAACUACAUUUGUACACUCAUUUACAUAGGUGGGUGCUCUUUUUAAUUCUACCAUGGUGGGUUCUAUGUGGACAGGAGUCCAAUAGUUUAUUCUUAGUUAAUUGCUGAAAAAUCAAGGUGAAAGAAGAGAAGAGUGCUUUUCGUUAAGAACAGACAAAAACAUGGUUAACCUUAUGAAAUGAAGAACAUCUUUAAUGGAGUGAAUGCAUUUGAGAUGAUUAGUACCUGUGCUAAUGAUUAUAUGGAGGGAUCUUGCUGACCCACCAAGCAGAAAGAGAAAGAAUCAUUCUUAUUUUUCUACUAUCUAGUAUCAUGGAUGGGCCUCUUUUUAUAGUAGGGAACUAGGAAGUAGGACUAUAAAAACAGGCCUUCAUUCUCUUCUGGUGAUGUACUUGCAAGUUACAACCAUGGCUAGUAGUAACUUGAAGCAUGCAGUGAUAGCAUUUCUAGCUCCCGUUCCCUCCAUUCUCUUCUACCUUUCAUUUCUCAACAACCAGAGUCACCAAACCAGUAGUACUGGGAGUCUGUCUCCCCUUUGGGAAUGGUGCUAUCACCACCCUCUUCUAUUAGCCAAUGCCCUCUUCUUCCUCAAUGUCAAUGUCCUCUUCUGGGUCAUCAGCCAAGUCUUAUCUAAUCACUGGAUGAUCUCUUUGUAUUGGACAGUGAUACCUGUAAUGCUAGUUCACUACUAUAGGGCUCACCCUCUGGCUGAUUAUGAUUGGUGGCGCUCCAUUAUUGCAAUUUUGAUGACUUGGGUUUGGAGCCUCAGGAUGGUUCACAACUAUUUUAGGCGGGAAAAUUGGCAGUGGAGUGCCAGGGAGGAUUGGCGAUUCACCAAUAUGACCUCACAAUACGGCAAGCACUGGUGGUGGGCUUCCUUCUUCGCCAUCUAUCUCGCUCAACAGGUUUUUCUAAUUGGACUAUGCCUUCCAAUGUAUGUAAUCCACUCAGUUAAUGUGCCACUGAACAUAUGGGAUUUUGCUGCCAUCAUGAUCUGCAUUUCUGGCAUUGCUAUAGCAUACUAUGCUGACACACAACUCUACAACUUUGCAAGUAAAAACAAGAAGCUAAAAGCGCUUGGAGAGCCAGUUGUGGUCACUCUUGAUGAGGGGUUGUGGCGUUAUUCACGGCAUCCGAACUACUUUGGAGAGCAAUUAUGGUGGUGGGGACUCGCUAUAUUUGCAUGGAACCUCGGACAUGGUUGGACCUUCAUUGGCUCUUUCCUCAAUACAAUGUGUUUAGCUUAUGUGACAAAGCUUGUGGAACAGCGAAUGUUAGAACAGGACUACAGAGCAGAAGCAUACAAGCAGUAUCAGAAGACAACCUCAGUUUGGAUACCUUGGUUCAAGGCAUCCCCAAUUGGAGGAAAAGAUAAGAAACCUUAGUUUGAUAUCUGUUUCAGAGUCUGUUUUUGUAAUUUUGUUUAGCUGCAUUAUCAGUGUAUCUCUUUUCUUCUGUUGUAAUGCCCUACAUCCUGCUGUUGUUGUCAACUGUUCUUUAAUUGAAAGAGAUUAAUGCAA